GUCACACUGAGCGUCCAAAACAAACAAAAAUAAUAAAAUACAGCUCGUUUUGUGAUUGUUUUAAAAACGGAAAUUAAAAUGACAAACUAGUCCACAGAUCACAAUGGCGAAACGCAGGUAUACAGCGCUUCAGGAAGAGGUAAAUGUCCUUUUGACCAAGGACGAUGAACGCACUCGCAAAGAACUUGAUGCACUGGAAAUUAAACUGGAUCACAUUCUGAGCAAUCAAAGCGAAAUCCUGACGCGUCUUGGCGUUGUGGCCCAGGGCCGAUACGGCCUUGAUGUCUGUGAGGUGGAUGUUGCCUAUUUCCCGGUCUCCGAUCCCGAUGAGCUGCCAAAACUGGACGCUUAUCUGGCAGAGCCCGGCAAUCCCUAUGGUCGGCUAAUGCGUCGUCUUCUAAGGCCAGAUGGCAAAGUAACACCUCUUAAGAAGUCUUUUGUGAAGCUUUUUACUGAUAAUAUCCUGCUAUCCUUCAACUACGCUGGUGUUUCAAAUAAAAAAGCGUUCAAUCAAUAUAAAAACAUAAACAAAACCCUUUUAGACAUCCAAAAAUCCAGUGGAUAUAUCUUGUCGGAUUACAUUACGGAAAUCAGAGCUGCCUUCCAUGCGGCAAAGCGGCGCUGUCACAAAAGGAAUCACGAUCAAAGGCGCAGGAGCCAACUCAGCCAGGAGGCUGAGGCAGAAAAUGAAUGGGACUAGGUAUAACCGAAAGUGCAUCGGACUCGGAUAUCCGUUGCCAGGCUUGUUAGCUUUUCAUGCAUUCGCAAUGGUUAUAUCUCAAUUAAAAGUAUAAGAAGCCAAACCGGUUUUGGUCUUUUCUGUAGGUUCUGUUUUUACCACGUAAACGAGGUUAUUUUCGGCUUACAAACGCCAAACUUUCAAACCGUAACGUUCUGGUCGACAUCCCUCUUGAGAAAUAUGGAUCAAUGAUUCACCAGCAAAUAUUAGGAAUAAGAUCUUAAAGUUAACACUUGCUUAUCUUUUUUGAUGUCGUCACAUCUAUUUUGUUGUAAAGUAUAAAUAGUUAAAAUUUAAGAAAUAAUAUAAAUAAUAUUUGAUAAGUUGUGACUCGAAAUAAAUUAACAAUAGUUGCUAAGAAAAUAUAGUUAUUCUAAUUAUUAAGCUAAGUGAAAUUUUUUAGAAAUAUUUAA